GGUUGGUCAAUGGUUGACUGCCCCGACUUUGGCGCGGCUCUUUCUUAAUUCUUUAGAACCUACAUCUAUAAAUACAAUAUAUAUAUUCCUAUUGAGACCCCUUACUAGAAGGGAAACAGAAGACCGACAUACGACGAAACGAGGACACGAUCCAGCCCAGCAUCCGCAACGGCCAUGCCACACGACGAAGAGAUUGGGUCGCAGGAGACGGACUCGUUGCUGAGUCGGGGGAGAGAAAGGGUAUAUGCAUUUUGGGAAGGCUUCAUUGACUUUGCCUUUCAAGGCCAUAUUUUGCAGAUUGCAUUUGGGCUCAUGUAAGUGGUUGUCCCUGUAGAAGAGAGCGAUUGCGGGGAAUCACAAUUGCUCACGCACAGGGAUCUUUGUUCAAUUUAGCAUCGCGGCCGCAUUUACAGAUUUGGUCAAAACCUUUGUCAGUGCCAUUCUUAUGCCACCGUUGUCGAUCGUUUUGCCGCUGAACAAGAAUAUUGAAGAAAAGUUUGCUGUAUUGCGCGCAGGGCCGAGCUAUAACGCAUCGCUCUCCGGAGGAUACAACACGCUGCAUCAAGCAUUGGAUGACGGGGCCAUCAUCAUGGCCUACGGGCAGUUUGCCUACCAACUCGUGUCAUUCUUCAUGGUGGGUGUGGCGCUGUAUCUACUGGCACAAAUAUACACGGCACUGUCUACCGACCCUGUUAUUAAAUACACCAAGAAAUGCGCAUAUUGUCGCAAGAAGAUUAACAUGCGGGCUCUCCGCUGCGUCGAAUGCACGAGUUGGCAAGAUGGCAGAGAGGAAAAGAGCGGCUCAAUGCAGAGUUGAGUCUGUUCUAACAGACGAAAUUUAUAUAAUGGGACGAUGAUUAUCAGCCGACAGCGGUGCAGAACUGCCGAAGCGCCAGUAUUCAGCGGGCAUAAUUUAAGGGACAUAAACGCGCCAGAGGGCGCAGAUUAUAUCCGCUAGUGCAGCUUCGGGCUUAGAGAUCGACACUGUGACAUUCCACGCAUGAUGAGCGUGGUCUGGGGAAAGAGCACAAGGACUAAAAAAUCAGCAGGAGUGAUGACGCAUAUUCAAGCAACGAG